CCCCUCGCCAUGAGCAGCCCGGCCGCGCUCCGAGAGGGCUACGAGCACUUCGACCCCCGCGCGUACCUGCGCAACAAUUACCUCCCGCCCCGCGCCGACUUCUCCUCCGAGGAGUUCGUGGUGCCCUGGAAGCUGCGAUGCCUGGCCGAGACCUUCGCCAGCGGUGAGAUCCGAGGGCGGACGUUGAUCGAUGUGGGCUCGGGCCCCACCAUUUACCAACUGCUGAGUGCCUGCGACCACUUCGAGGAGAUCGUGGCCACCGAUUUCCUGGCGGUGAACCGGGAGGAGCUCGGCCGGUGGGCGCGGGGCGAGCCCGGAGCCUUCGACUGGAGCCCGUUCAUCCAGCACGUCUGCAAGAUCGAGGGGCGCGGCGAGCCCUGGCAGGACAAACAGCGCCGUCUCCGCCAGCGCCUCCGCCGGAUCCUGCCCAUCGACGUUCACCGCCCGGAGCCUCUGGGGGCCCCGCUGCGCCCCCGGGCCGACGCGCUGCUCUCCGCCUUCUGCCUGGAGGCCGUGAGCCCCGACCGCGCCGCCUUCCUGCGGGCUCUGCGCCACGUGGGGACCCUGCUGCGACCGGGGGGACACCUUGUGCUGCUGGGGGCUCUGGGCGAGUCCUUCUACCUGGCGGGUCCCGCCCGGCUGCCCGUGGUGCCGCUGGAGGAGUCCGAUGUGCGGGAGGCGCUGGCGGCCGCGGGGUUCGCGCUGCGGGAGCUGCGCUCCUACGCGAUGCCCCCCGCGCUCCGCACCGGCGUGGAUGAUGUGGACGGCGUGUUCUUCGCCCACGCGCAAAAACCGCUGGAAACGUGAGGGGGAUGCCCGGGAAACCCCUGGGGAAUGGUGGGGAAAUGCCAGCAUGCCCGGCAGCGCUAAGGGUGCGGUGGGAUGGAGGCAAUAAAGGCUGGAUGGUGACAAUAAA